GAUUGUGGGUGUAGUUGCCUCAAGCGGCAGGUGAGGGUGGUUGGUAUCAAAAGUGGACCGGAGCCAAACCCCCAGUCUCCUCUCCCGCCGCCCUCCCACAGGUCUGCCUGGCUUUGUGGAGGAGCUGCAGUACUGCCCCACUUUAUAAGGGAUGGGAUCAGAGAACAGUGCUUUAAAGAGUUAUACGCUGAAAGAACCACCAUUUACCUUACCUUCUGGACUUGCCGUCUAUCCCGCUGUACUGCAGGAUGGCAAAUUGGCUUCGGUUUUUGUGUAUAAGAGAGAAAAUGAAGACAAGGUUAAUAAAGCUGCCAAGCAUUUGAAGACACUUCGUCACCCUUGCUUGCUAAGAUUUUUAUCAUGUACUGUGGAAGCAGAUGGCAUUCAUCUUGUCACUGAACGAGUACAGCCUCUGGAAGUGGCUUUGGAAACAUUAUCUUCUGCGGAGGUCUGUGCUGGGAUCUAUGACAUACUGCUGGCUCUUAUCUUCCUUCAUGACAGAGGACACCUAACACACAACAAUGUCUGCUUAUCAUCUGUGUUCGUGAGUGAAGAUGGGCACUGGAAGCUGGGAGGAAUGGAAACUGUCUGUAAAGCUUCUCAGGCCACCCCAGAGUUUCUGAGAAGCAUUCAGUCAGUGAGAGACCCAGCAUCUAUCCCUCCCGAAGAGAUGUCUCCAGAAUUCUCAACUCUUCCUGAGUCUUUUGGACAUGCCCGGGACGCCUUUUCAUUUGGAACAUUGGUGGAAAGUUUGCUCACAAUGUUAAAUGAACAGGUUUCAGCGGAUGUUCUCUCCAGCUUCCAACAGACCUUGCACUCAACUUUGCUGAAUCCCAAUCCAAAAUGUCGGCCAGCGCUCUGCACUUUACUAUCUCAUGACUUUUUCAGAAAUGAUUUUCUAGAAGUUGUGAAUUUCUUGAAAAGUUUAACACUGAAGAGUGAAGAGGAAAAAACUGAAUUCUUCAAAUUUCUGCUGGACAGAGUCAGCUGCUUGUCAGAGGAAUUAAUAGCUGCAAGGCUGGUACCUCUUCUGCUUAAUCAGUUGGUGUUUGCAGAGCCAGUAGCUGUAAAGAGUUUUCUUCCUCAUCUCCUUGGCCCCAAAAAAGAUCACGCACAGGGAGAAAUGCCUUGCUUGCUCUCACCAGCCCUGUUCCGGUCGCGGGUGAUCCCUGUGCUUCUGCAACUGUUCCAAGUCCACGAGGAGCAUGUGCGGAUGGUGCUGCUGUCUCACAUCGAGGCCUACGUGGGGCACUUCACUCAGGAGCAGCUCAAGAAAGUCAUCUUGCCACAGGUAUUGCUGGGCCUGCGUGAUACCAGCGAUUCCAUCGUGGCAAUUACUCUUCAUAGCCUAGCCGUGCUGGUCUCUAUACUUGGACCAGAAGUGGUUGUGGGAGGAGAAAGAACCAAGAUCUUCAAACGCACUGCCCCAAGUUUUACUAAAACUAUUGACCUUUCCCUAGAAGGUGAUCAGUUUGCUCAGCCUAUUAAAUUUCCCAUGAAUGGAAUCUCAGAUGUGAAAAAUACUUCAGAGGACAGUGAAAACUUGCCAUCAAGUUCUAAGAAGUCUGAGGAGUGGCCUGACUGGAGUGAGCCCGAGGAGCCUGAAAACCAAACUGUCAACAUACAGAUUUGGACUGGAGAACCAAGUGAUGCUGGCCAGUCCCAGUGUGCUACGUUGGAUGCAGAGUCAUCAUCUUGGGGUGAUUGUGAGCCCAGCAGCUUAGAUACUAUAGUAGCCCCCACAGGUAGAAUCACUGCUGCAAAACCUGUCACCUCCAGGGAGCAGAACCCCAUUCCUGCUUUGCUUCCACUCACUGAAGAGUCUAAACCUUGGAAAUCAAGCCUACCCCCAAGCCCCAGUCUCACACAAAGCAGGGAGGAUGUGGACCAAAUCAAGCUACCAAAAGGGUCAUCACAAGAAAAGCCCCUUAAAUUUCCUUUAGAACUUGGUUUAGGAGAGGAAUUUACCAUUCAAGUAAAAAAGAAGCCAGUACCAGAUCCCGAGUUGGACUGGUUUGCUGAUAUGAUCCCAGACAUUAAGCCUUCAGCUGCUUUCCUUAUUUUACCUGAAUUAAGGACAGAAAUCAAAGAUGAUGUCUCACCAGUGAUGCAGUUUUCCUCAAAAUUUGCUGCAGCAGAGAUUACUGAGGGAGAGGCUGAAGGCUGGGGAGACGAAGGGGAGCUGAACUGGGAAGAUAGUAACUGGUGACAAUAGAUGUAAGUUAAACUUUAGGAAAAGCUUUUAAAAAUCAAAUUAAUACCUCAAAAGCAGGCUCUAUGGACCAGAAAACCCCAAAGCGGCCUGUUUUUCCCAUACCAGGAACUCUUUUUCCAGUCAGUGCCAAAUGAAGUGUGAGACCAACCUGGUGUGCUGGCUAAAAACCCCGGGUGGUGAAGAGGCUCACAGUACUGGUUUCCAGGAGGAAGAGCCUGUGUGCAUUUGCCCGAGUUCAAUUUCUAUGAAGAGCAAGUAGCUGAGGAAAGGUUGAAUUUACAACCUCUUCCAGGAUAAUUCUGGAAGGAAAAUAAAAAUUCAAGCUGGUUAGCUUAAUUUUGUGCCAUUUCUUUUAACAGAAAGAAGAGUAAGCUCUAUUAUGAAAUACAACUUACUGAAAAAAAUUUUAGCUAUAAAUUAUAUAAAUGAUUUAAAAUUGCUAAGGUUUUCUUAGGCAGCUUAUUUAUUUGUUUACAGUUGUACUAAGUGAAUGGUCCUGGGUGGACCUUGACACAUGUAUUACGUUGUACCAAAGUUCUUAAUGAGAAAUAUCCCCCACGAUCCUCUUGUUCUCUAAAUGUCAAUAAAGACUAUUUUCACUAGA